CCCCCCAGCGCCCUCCCCGGCCCAGGCCAUGACCCCCGCUGCUCUCUCUUGCAGGCUGGUUGCCGCGACCACCCGAGUCCGGCCGCCACCAGCGCCCGGACGGGCCCCGCGCGCCCCGUGUGCGGCUCCGCAGUGAGCCCACCCAAAAGCGGCAGGCGGAGGCGUCGACAUGGGGCUUAAGCUGUCCUGUCUGAAAGGCUUUAAAAUGUGUGUCAGCAGCAGCAGCAGCCACGAUGAGGCCCCUGUCCUGAGCGACAAGCACCUGGAUGUGCCCAACAUCAUCAUCACCCCCCCGACCCCCACGGGCAUGAUGCUGCCAAGGGACUCCAGGAGGACAGUCUGGCUGGAAGAGACGGGGUCAUGUCCGGAGGAUGGAGAAAUAGACCCUGAAGCCUGAGAAGGAAGAACAGGUCUGGGAUUUGUUGGCUCUGGCUCCGGCUCUGGUCAUCCCUCAUUCCACGUGUCCCCGGUGGGGUGUAGCCGCCUGGGACAGAAGUGCUGAGUAAGCCGGAUGGGAGAGUGAUUUCAGCACUUGACCAGCAGAAGUGUGGCAAGAUGAGCCAGGGACCAGCCCUGCACGCUUGCAGAAUGAUGUUUCCCUGGCCCCGUCGGUGGACCGGACCUCUGAUGCCUACACAUUCUUGCUGACCCCAGGGCCAUGGUGCCGGCCAUCAGGGUGCCAGGGAGAGGCUUUCUUCUGGACACACACACUCCCCGCACCCUGGACCAUGCAGACGGUGCCCAGGAGAUCAGCACACACAAGAACUUCUUGCAAAGGAGUGGCUACAUUUUUUACAAGUUGUUUUACAGAUCUCAAAACAGUCCAAAAGUGAUUUAUAAUUUUUUUUGCAUUAUAAAUAAAGAUCCUCUGUAACGAAUGGUAAA